UCCUCUUUUUUUAGCCGAUGGACUCCUUUCCUCUUCUUUUCGCUCCAUUUCCGAAAACUUCGGAAAGGGAAUUUUAAUCUGACCCCUCUCCUCCGAGCCUUCUCCCCGUUCAUCUAAUAAGAUUCUGGCGAGAUACGAUGAUGGGGGAGGAGAUGGAGUCUCGCUCAUCGACGCCCUUCGGCUCGUUCACCGAGACCGACAACGAUUCCUUCAAGGAGUCCGAGUCGGAGACCCCCCUCGCGGCCGUGGCGGAGGCCUUCGAGGAGCUGGCGAGGUCGCUGGAGAACAAUUCCGAGGACCUCAAGGUCGCCGCUUUCUCCUACGCGUGCUCCCUCGUCUCCGUCCUCUUCAAUUGCCUCGGCUUCGCCUUCAAGUUCGCCGAGAUGGAGUACGUCUCCAAGGUAAAUGACCUAAUUGAAGCAUCAAAGACUUAUGAUACAUUAAACAAUAUCCUAGACCAUGAUGUCGAACAUGAUAUGGUUGCAAAGCAAGGAAGCCAUUCGCGUAAUUUGCGUAGAGUCAGACUAGGUCUUGACCUCAUCAAAGCUUUGUUUGAGAGAUUUCUAUCAUCUAAUGAAUACUCAUUAAAAGAGGCUGCUUCAACUGCAUAUGGACAAGUUUGUGCACCAUUUCACACUUGGGCUGUCAGGACAGCAGUUGGUGCUGGGAUGUGUACUCUUCCGACAAGAGAACAGCUAUUAUUAAGAUUGAAUGAAACUGAAAACUCUGUACAGAAGGAAAUGAGGAGAUACAUCGAUGCUUGUAGUCCCAUCAUAGAAUACAUCGACAAUCUGUUCCUUUCAAGGAAUAUUAGCCUAGAUUGGUGACAUGACUUAACAUGCCUUUGUUAAUGGCGCAGAAAGCAUGUGGGGAGUCCCAAAGGAGUAACUAGAAGAAAAGUUCUUAGAUUUCUUUUCCUCUUUUCGCCUUGCACGGAAGAGUAUAUAAUAUAUAUUGAAAUCUACAUCAUAUCUGAAUUCAGCAGCAUCAAUGGCAGAAUCAGAUGGAGCUCAACUAGUUCGACCACAUCGCCAGAAGGGUUUACGCUCUCCAUAAGUCCCUUCUUCCUUGAUUUAUGUCAGUUAAUUUGAAGGUGGAAGGUGCAAUCUUUUUUGAGUCUGCUUUGCUAAACUAGGUGGUCAGUGCAUGGAGAAACCCUUCAUUGCUUCAGCUCGUUAGACAUAUGGAAUGUGUUUCUUUCCAUUAAAAUGGAAUUCAUUCUCUCUUUUUUUAAAAGAAAAAUGUCAGAGAUUCAAUUUAGGAGCAUGUGAUAGUACAUGAACUACUAUGGAGAUGUUUGAUUGCUUGUAAGCUUUAUUCAAAUAAAUAUUUAUAAAAUGUGAUUUUUGUGAAAUA